CUUCAAAUAAUGGCGACUCAAACAAUAAAAAAGAUAUACAGUGUUUUGAUGAUUGUAGCUUUAUUUAUAAUGAUGGUUUCAACAUAUGCGAGUACGAUAGAAGUAUGUGUUAAGCAUUGUGUCCCGAAUCAAUGCAUGAAAGUGUUUAAAAAAGCAACUCUUCCGUUAUGUGAGAAUGCUUGCAAAAAGCUUUGCAACCAGAACAAAUUUGCUCAUGUGGAAUACUACUACAUGCCUCCUCCAGACUUGUGCGAGGGAUUUUUUGGUUUACUAUGUAAUAACUAAAAUUUAAGAUAUUCGUAAAAUACUUUAUGUGUGCUGUUUCUUAUCAUUAAAUUAUCGAUAUGUUAAUGUUCAUAAGUUUGUAAUGUUCUGACUGCCACUAUUUAUGAAUCCCACGUUCUUUU